AUGGAUACUGUUACCUCAAUCAAUAAAUUGAGGGCUCAAUUUUUGAGUACAUGCCCAGAUCAAGAUCAAAUGCGAAGGGUAAUAAAGCCCUUUAUUCCUGAUGACAUAAAAAACAGAGAAUUACUAAUUGAAAGAGAAGUACGAGAUAUAUAUGGAUAUCAUAAUGGUCGUAGUAGACUAGAGAAAUUAGAGUCACCUCCUAUUUCAAAGAAUUGGAUGGAUAAUUAUACUUCCAUUGGUAAAUCACGACUUGGAAACACGCGAAAGGAAAGAAACAUAAUAUCUCCCACCAAGACCAGGGAGAAGAGUAUACUGGAGGACGAAGAUGAUGAGUUUGAUGAAAAAUUAAUCAAGGAGCUGUCUGUACAGCAAGAGCUUCAAGAAACAUUUUCCAAUGAACAUCCAAAUGAAGGCUGCCAAAAUUCUGAUGAAAUAAAUGGAGCAACAGGGAAAUUAAAGAACCGCAAAAAUACAUCUCCUAGCCUUAGUGGUACUAAACAAUCAAAAUCUAAAGAUUAUGAUACAACUUCAAAUACGAACAAGAAUGGUGUUGGACUCCUCAAUAACAAUCUAAAUAGCAAUCCUAGCACUAACAAUAUACCGCAUACCCCUGACUCAAAUGCAGAUUCUGAUUCAUCAGGGUCAAUUAAAAAACAAGGCAAUAAUAAAAGACCUACUUUGAGAUUUCCAAGGCUAUUUAAAGGUAGAAAGGACUCCGCUUCUGGUAAUACAAACAACAACAGUACUGGUAACAGUACCAGUAAUAAUGAUAUACCACAACAAGAGCAAUUUAAAAAAGUAUCAGCAGAGGCGCUUAUUAGAAAAGGAAGUACAACAGCAGCUAGUAUAUUUGACAUGAAUUUUGACUAUGAUGAAGAUUUAGAUGAGGAAGAAGAUGAUGAUGAUGACGACGAAGAAGGUGAAGAUGAUGACGGUACACUAGAUGAUUUCAACAAUUCAUUUUUUCAAAUGAGCUUUAAUGGUACCGCUGGAAAAAAUAAUAAUAAUUCUGCAUCUAGCGUUAUUGUUAAACGUGAUUCCUUCGAAGAUGCCAAUGACUUUAUUGCAAGCAAUGAUAAAAUAACUGAGAACCAUAAAUCGUCAGGAGGUCAUGAAAAGAAAAACUCAACUAGUAAAUUAGAUAAAAUUCAAACUGCUAACGAUGAUGAUGAUAAUAUAAAUACUUCUGAUCUCUCAGCAAAUGUUACAAAUACUUCAGAAGGAACAAAUAAUCAAGAUAAAAGUAAUUCAAAUAACAAUAAUGCUGAUGCUAUAACAAACAAAAAGCGCUCACAUUUUUCGAAUAUGAUAUCUAGAAAUCCAUUAAUUGAUUCAAGUAAAAAUAACGUCAAGCCUGAAAAAACCCCGCUAGGUAGAAAUAAAAGUGAUAACACUAUUAAAACUUCAUUACCAAGUGACUUAAAAAACGAUCUAGGAAAAUCUUCUACAAACACUUCAGCAGAGAUUAAUUCGACUGUUAAUUCUGAACUUGAAGAAGAUGAAGAUGAUGAAAAUGACAUGUUUGACUUAUUUUCGUUUAUGAAUGAAAGGAAAAUGUCCAAUAUAGAUAUGGAAGAUAGAGAUUCCUUAUCUGCUGGGAGCUCAUUAACUAAACAGAAGUCUAUUUUAUCUCCUCAUAUAGAUGAAAGUAUCAUGAGAGAUGAAGUUUUAACGCCAGACGGUUUAGACGUACUUGAUUCAGAAUCAUCCUUUGGAAAAUCCCUCUUAUACUCUGAAUUUAGUAAUGAUGAUUUUUCAAAGGAGUCACACCCUCGCGGCAGAAUGAAUAUUGAUUCCAUAAGAUCAGACAUUGGAUCGUUAACUAUACCAUCUCACUCAAUUCCUGCUUAUCUAGACUCUUAUGGUAUGUAUCAUGGGCAAGAUGAUUCAAUUUUAGAUACUGUAUUCGAUAAAGCUGCUCAAAGAAUAAAAUCUACAAAAAUUGAUUGUGAAGAAGAUAUAAAAAACGUUCCAUUUUCAUUACCAGACCACUCGAUUCACGGAACGACAAGUAGGCGACCAUCAAAUACUUCAAGUGUUCAAAGACAACACUCACAAAUAAUGCGUCAUCACAACAGAUCUCAUUCGUCUAAUGGACGAGAUUACAGGCGUGUCUUUAAGGGAAUAGACAAGGUAGGUGAUAAAGAAUUUAAAAGAAGCAGAAAAGGUUCUAACGAAUCCAAAUUGGAUUCUAACUUAAUUUCAAAAGAUCUAACGACCAGAAGAGAUUCAUCUGUAAGCAUGUUCAUUACAGAUAAACCAAAAGAACUUCCUAAACCUCCUCCUUCAGUUUCACAGUUAUCCAAGCUCUUCAAUAAAAAGAAGGAAAAGAAACAAGAUACCUCUGAAAUUUUAGAGUAUUUCUCGUUUGUUUCCGGAUCUAAUGUACCCAAAAAUGAAAGUAUAUCUUUGAAUAUUUUUCUACAAAAUUCGAAAAAAUAUCAGCAUAAUCCCUUUGAAUUAAAUGUUAGGAAAACAGCAAGUGUUUUUGAAGUUAUUGGCUACGUAUUAUUUAAAUUCAUUACAGAAUUUAAGCCUGACAACAUUGAAGAAGAUGGUCUUCAACCUGAUUUGCUUCGAAAUCCAAAUAAUUUUUCUUUACAUAUUGUAGAAGAGGAUGGGGAACCAUUUGAAGAUAACUUUGGUAAAUUGGAUCGAAAAAUUUCUAUACAGUCCAUAUCAGAUAAUGAAGUUGUCCUUUGCUUGGUGAAUGAAAACGAAAGAAACGAAAAUUCAAUUCAAACACCAUUACCAUUCGAUGUGAAUGGAGACAUAAUAGACACAACAACAAAUUCGAACACUGAUUCUAAGAACGAAACUUCCUUGAACCAGCUAAGCUACUAUAAACCAAUAGUAGGAUUAGGCUCAGAAAGUACAAAAGCUAGCAAUACAAACACUAUUGAAAUUAAAGUUUAUUUAUAUCCAAAUAAAAAUCCCAAGUAUAACUUUACCACUAUUAAAGUUCCAAUAACAUCUAAUAUUAAUGAUAUAUUAGUAUCAUAUUGUAAGAUGAAAAACAUGUACCCAAAUGAAUAUUCCUUACUGUAUCCAUCGAAAAAGAUGAUACUUGAUCUAAAUGAUACAGUCCUAAGAUUGGAUGGUAACCAUGAAGUGGAACUAAUAUCAAAAAAAGAAGCUCGAUCGUUACACCUUCAAAAGAUGAAGCCUGACAUGAAGAAGCCAGUUUUACCAACAAUACAAAGUAAUGAUUUGACACCUUUAACAUUAGAACCUGCAGGUUCAUAUUUGAAACCAGAUAACGAAGAAUCCAUUUCCGAGGCUCAGGAGGUAGCAAGUACUACAAACUCUAGCAAUACUGGUAAGGAUAAAGACACAUUGACUAGUAAGAAGAGUAGCAAAUUCAAGAAACAAACUGCCAAAAUGAAAUUAAAUUUAACAAGUACUACAAAUGCAUCGAAUGCAGUUAAUGGAUUAUUUAAAACAAAAAAUUCAUCCAAGACAUCAUUACACAAUCCAUUACCCUUCUAUCACACUUCUUCUAUACAGGCAAUUCAAGAUAUGGAUACAAAUGCUGAAAAUACCGGUGAUAGUGCUUACCAGGAUCUAGUAUCUGGUGCAUAUCACAAGUACAAAGUAUGGCGUCGUCAACAAAUGGCAAUUAAUAAACAUGAACGUACACUAGCGCUGGACGGGGAUUACAUUUAUAUUAUUCCACCUGAUAAACAUAUGCAUUGGCAUGAGAAUGUCAAAACAAAGUCUAUCCAUAUUAGUAGAGUGAUUUUAGUAAAGAGAUCUAAUAGAGUACCCGUUAAUUUCAAGAUAUUUGUGGAAAAAGGUGAAGAAAACAAUUUGAAGAGAUACUACUUCGAGGCAGUAUCUUCUGAAGAAUGCAAAGAAAUAGUUGCAAGAAUCCAGAAUCUACAAACUGCUUAUAGGAUGAAUCAUAAGUAG